CUUGUCGGACACAGCAUCCUGCAAUCACAUCACAUCAGUGAACAUUCUCAGGUUGCGCACGAGCCACCAAUGUCCUGCGCAUCCAUGGAGCGCUCCUGUCGCCCGUCCUACUAUUGCACACAUUUUAAAUAUAAUAUGACAUAGAACCAAACCUUGGCACUUCAAAGGGAAUACAAACCUCUCAGUCCACACAUACCAACUUGAAACUUUUACAAGACCUCCCUUCCCCCACUUUUUGUCGGCGUUUGUGUUAAAUACUCUCGGAGAGCUCCACUGCUCAUUUCACUUCGGCCGCUACAUGGACGUUGAAGAAGCCGCAGCAAGGAUGGAUUCCGCUGGCGUCCGAUGCAGGAAUCGUGCACCGCAAGUGAUGCUCAACCAGAAAAAGAUCAAAGCAAGACGGAAAAGGCGAAAGGAGUUGGUUUUAAUCCAGAUAUGCUUGUUGGGUGGGAUGCUUCUCCUCGUCAAGGGGUUAUCCUACCUUGCGGAAAACGCAGGCCAUGACAUAUCCAGGUCCCCCACCUACGCCGAGGAGCGAUGGGGAGGAAGGAGGCUGCUGCAGGAGAUGGACUCUUCGGAGAUGAACAGCAGUCUGGAGGAGGAGCACAAGGAAAAGAAAAACUGCACCGAACCUGCUCUGCACGAGUUCCCCACAGAUCUGUUCACCCAUCGGGAGAGAACACGCGGAGCGGUGCUUCUACAUGUCCUGGGUGCUAUGUAUAUGUUCAUCGCUCUGGCCUUGGUUUGUGACGACUACUUUGUGCCAUCACUGGAGAAGAUAUGUGAGCGUCUUCAUCUAAGUGAGGAUGUAGCAGGGGCGACGUUUAUGGCCGCUGGGAGCUCCGCCCCAGAACUGUUCACUUCUGUCAUAGGUGUCUUCAUCACUAAGGGAGACGUGGGGGUGGGAACCAUCGUGGGGUCAGCGGUAUUCAACAUCCUGUGUAUCAUCGGAGUGUGUGGGAUCUUUGCUGGCCAGGCUGUGAAACUCUCCCAUUGGACGCUUCUCAGAGACUCGGCGUACUACACAAUCUCUAUUGCAGCCCUAAUCGCAUUCAUCUACGAUGGGGAGGUUACAUGGUGGGAGUCUGUGGUCCUGAAUGUGAUGUACCUCUUCUACAUUCUAAUCAUGAAAUUUAACGGCAGAGCGAGGCGUUACUUUGACCGACGGAAGAAGAGUUCGGUGAGUCUGGCCAACGGUCUGACCGGCAGUACCGACCUGGACGAUAACGUCUCCUGCGACGCCACCGCAGUCCUGCUCAAAAAAGCUAACUUCCAGUGUAAGCCCAGUGUGCUGAUGGUGGACGAGCUACUGUCAGCCUACCCCCAUAAGCUGACCUUCUCUGAGGCCGGCAUGAGGAUCAUGAUCACCAGUCACUUCUCCCCCAGAACUCGCCUCACCAUGGCUUCCCGAAUGCUCAUCAACGAGAGACAGAGAGUCAUCAACACCAACGAGACCCGGGUCAACCAGCGAAUCACCAACGGAGACUCUGACCCCGCGGCCGCCAGGGCCCCGGAGAGGCGGGGCCUGGAGAACGGCGGCAAGGGCUGUGCCGAUAGAGGGUUGAACGGGAGAUGUGGAGGUCAGGGGGGCGUGGAGUCGGGGAAUGACACGGAGAACGAGGAUAACGAGAACAACGAGAAGGAUGGUGGGGAGGAGGAAGAGGACGACAACGAAGGACCCCUGGUCCCUUACCGACCGCCGCCUGGCGUGUGUAACACGUUGAAGUGGCUGUUGUGCUGGCCUCUGUGCCUGCUCCUGUUCUUCACCGUCCCUAACUGUGCCAAGCAACGCUGGGAAAGGUGGUUCAUGGUCUCCUUCGUCAGCUCCACCCUCUGGAUCGCCGGCUUCUCCUACGUCAUGGUCUGGAUGGUGACUGUUAUUGGCUACACGCUGGGCAUCCCCGAUGUCAUCAUGGGCAUCACGUUCCUGGCGGCGGGCACAAGCGUGCCAGACUGCAUGGCCAGCCUCAUCGUAGCACGCCAAGGCCUGGGAGACAUGGCCAUCUCCAACUCUAUUGGCAGCAAUGUGUUUGAUAUCCUGGUUGGCCUUGGCCUCCCCUGGCUUCUGCAGACCCUUUGUAUUGACUACGGCUCAACUAUCUCCCUGAACAGUAGAGGAUUGAUUUUCUCUGUAGCCCUCCUGCUGGCGUCAGUGUUUCUAACAGUUCUGGGCGUCCACUUGAACAAAUGGACGCUUGACCGCCGACUGGGCCUCACCUGCCUCCUCAUGUACGCUGUCUUCCUCUGUUUCUCCGUCCUCAUCGAGUUCAACGUGUUCAUCUUCGUCAAUCUGCCCAUGUGCCGUGAAAUCCUCUGAUCUCCUCUUCUUCCAGCUGCUGUCAUUCCCGCAGGAUGUCUUUGGCAAAGAUCUUUGAUUGAUGCCCGCUCGCAACACCCUUGCGUGGAUGUUUGUUUUGAAAUACACUUUUAAUUUAUCUUUGGUGCAAUACGAGCAGAAGAUGUUUUUGGUUGGAGAAGAGAAGACACGGAAGGAAGUGUUAUUGAUGCGUCGUCAGGUCAACAGUUGACCAAACAGGAAGUAGUAGGGACUGUUUUCUUCCUGUUGCCAGGUGAUCUUCAGACGUUGGUUUGGAGGAGCGGAACUGUAUUGUCAUCGAUGUUGGUGUUUAAGCUGCUAACUCACUGAAAGAAGAUGAUUGGCUAACGGCCAUUAGGAUUGUGUUAUUUUAUUACUCUUUGUACAUGUUUGGCAUAAAUAGGUUUAAGAUGUUUUACGAUUAGAUGAAAGUGGGACAGGAUUCCAUGUGUGUUGCUUGUACAUAUUUGAGAAUAUUGACAUGGAGAAGAUACUCAACAUAUCGCUCCCCAGAAUUCUAUUCCUUAACUUUGCGCUGUAAGGGAGAGUUCUGCAUUUUUUAUUUGCAUUAAGAAAUAUUUAUGUACAGUUUCUCCUGAGUUCAUUUUUCUCCAAAUACCAAGUAUGUGGGAUAUAUUUCUCCCCAAAAAUCCAGAAGUUUUUGUUAAUAAGCAAUAUUUCUGGAGUUGAAAUUCAGCACCGUCACUUUAUUAAAACAAUCACAGGACUAAGUGUUUCUGUUGUAAAGCAUAUAGCUGUAUGGAACUGAAGAUUGAGGUCCUUAUAGGUUAUAUAAUCUUGUUGUACAAUAUUAGAUUAGUUGAAUAGUUGAGUACAAUAUUGUUACUUCUUUAAGAGAAAAGUUGAUAUUUUCAGAAUAGUGAUGUAAGAAAAGUACUGUGGACAUUCAGAUAGCUGGUGUGUGUGUUUGUGUCACACAUGGGUGCAACUGUACAUGUAUGUGUAUGUUUGUCUACUUGUGUACGCAUUCCUGCAGGGGGUGCGUGCGUGUGUGUGCAUGCGCGUCUGUGUGCGUGUAUGCGUGCGUGCAUGUGUGUGUACGCAUGUGUGUGUGUGUGUGUAAUCAAAUUCUCUAGCUGGACCAUGGAAAAUACUGUUACUGAGCAGACAUAAUCACAAUUUAUUUAUUUAUGGAUUAAUUUAUUCACAGAUCAUGUCUACUCUUUCAGUAUUUGAAGGAUAUCAGUUGGCGUUGUGUAAAAGGAAUGCUUGAUGUUCUUUCUAUGUUAUUGAGAUUCAGUCUACCUAUUAUAUAAUCAAACUACUGGAAAACUGACUUAAUGUUGUUUAUAUUUAAGAAUAUAUAACUUUAUAAUGUAUAUGUUUUCUAUAGCUCUGAUAACAAAUAUAGUAUAUAUUGCAGCAUUUGUAUAUUGUAAAAAUGAGCAGUUUUACAGGUGCAGUAAUCAGAACACUAACUAGCCUGGUUUUGCCACCAGAGGGCAUUAAAAUAAGUUUAAUUUCAAAGCCAUUUAGCUAGAUUUGAUAUUUCUUAGUAAUUAUGGUGGCAGUUAUUAUACGGCGAACCUUUUACACUCACACAACAUGCAGUCUCUAUUCCUAACACAGUGCUUGUUUAACUUGUCAAAUACCAGGUAAGAGUAAUGAUUUAGGAUCAGGUCACAGCUAUCAGUAUAAUUGAAUUCACGUUAUGAUCUAAGACUGGACUGCUGAUUCUGGACCAGUAAUCCUACUCUUACACGUCUUGGGAAUGCAGGUUUAUGUGUUUAGUUAAGGCCUCAACUCAACGACAUUAGGGAACAUGCUAUCCUGCUUGUGUUUGAGCCAAAACAGUAACACAUUUUGCCAGCAAAACUAUUGCCACUUUGUAUUCAUGCUUUUUAUCCACAGCGUGUGUUUAAACCCAAAGUGAAGAUAGAGAUACAGAUUCUGAAGAGAAUCAUACAGAAUUUCUAUGGCUUACUUUUCACCAGCUUAAAGGGCCCAUCCACUAUCUGACUGAUGCUUUGUCGCCACAUGAAUGGCCCUAAAACACCAAGUGGGUUGUAUAAGUAUUUGUACAUUUUCAGUGGGGGUAGGAAGACAAUAAGAGUAUGGAUUUUGGCACAUAGAAGACCAUUUGCAUACUUUUAAAAGGGAUAGAACAUUUCUGUUAGUCUGCAUGUCUCUAUAGUAAGUGAAGUUCUUUUUGUGUGUGUGCAUUUUAAUUAAUGUAUCUCUUGAUCAUAAGGCACUGUUUUGAUUAUGUUGUUAUACUGUACAUAUCAGAAGGGAAUAUAGGCUAUUGUAAACUAUAAUGUUUAAAUUAUAACUGAUGGUGAGCAGAUUUAUUGCAAAAAUACAGUAUUUAGAAUAUAGGCCUACUUCGCUAAUAGUUUUCAACAAGAACCAAUGUAAUUUUACCGUCAUGUCUUUGAAAUUGUUUGUAAAUCCUCAUUUUCUUUCGUGAGGGCCUUUGGGUAUAGUGGUCUCUCAGUACUCUGUCUUUUUAGAGGGAUUUGGUCAUAUUUUGCUCCCAGGGGUCUUCUUGCAAUAAACAGAUUUACAUACAGUACAGUA